UCGUCAGUAAUGAUGCACUGUGGGAUUGCAGAAUAUUGACAUAGCAACCAGGCGACAAAACCAGUAGUUUCUUUCACUCCAUACUACUUUUUGCUGUGUCUUCUGCGUUUAAGCUUUAAGCUUUACUUCCGACUGCUGCUAUGAAUGGGGCACUGGUGAAAAAGACCCAGGACACGCUGGGCAAAGUGAUAAAGAAACCGCCUCUCACGGAGAAACUGCUAAGCAAGCCGCCGUUUCGAUACCUUCACGACAUCUUCAGUGAGGUCAUCAGGACCACUGGUUUUAUGAAAGGCCUGUACGAAGAAAAUGAAAUGAAAUCAGAUAAUGUAAAGGACAAGGACUCUAAGAUAGUUUUCCUCCAGAAAGCGAUCGAUGUGGUGAUGCUGGUGAGUGGCGAGCCCCUUGGGGCAAAGCCAGCGCGUAUUGUGGCCGGCCAUGAGCCGGAGAAAACCAAUGAGCUGCUGCAGGCCAUGGCCAAGUGCUGCAUCAACAAGAUGCCCAGUGACGAUGCAGUGAAGCGAGUGCUUGCAGGAGAAAAGGUGGACAUAAAGACGAAGGCCGGCACCUCCAGGUCACAGGACAAGGAAAAUAGGGAGGGACAUGAACGUCAUGUGGAGAGAGAGGAGAAGAAAACGAUAACAGAGCGCAGCGGGAGCCGGGAGCAGAAGGACCCAGACCAGCCCAAAGAGCAGGAGAGCCGACGCAGAGACGGGGAGAAAGAGCAGCACCGUGACAGGGAGCGCUCUGACAAGCACCAACGCACUGAGCAGGACCAGCACGCCAAAGACAAGAGCCGCGACCGGGAGCGAGACAAGGAUAAAGACAAAGGACGAGUCAAAGAUAGGGACAGGGACAGAGAGAGGGACAGAGAAAGGGGAAAAGACAAGGAGAGAGACAAAGGCAAAGAAAAGACAAGAGAUAGGGAUUCUCGCAGGGACCGAGAAAGAGACAAGGAAAAACAAAGAGACAAAGACAAAGAGCGGGAAGAGAGGAACAAGAGUGGAGAGAGUGGCAAUAGCAAGGCUAGAGUAUCAGAGGAACCACAGCAGAAACCCAGCCCGGAGCCCAGCAAAACAGCCAAACUCAUGUCCGCGCCUGCAGAAGCAGUUGAGAACCAGUCUGAUAGUCCAGCUAGAAUACCUCGACCAUCAUCUGCCAAAGGGCAGAGGCGGAGACCCAAAAUUGGAGGUCAAGAGGAAUCUGACAGUGAAGGAGACGGAGAUGCUCUAUUAGCCCAGAGACCUGCUCCCCAGGAAAAUGGAGACGCUGUAGGCUCCUCAGUGCCGUCCGACUUGGCCUCCAGCAACAGGAGAAUACCACGGCCCAGCAGCGCUCGCCCAGCGCCCCCCCGAGUCAAGAAACAGGAAAGUUACUCUGAUGUGACCCCAGCUGAGAGGCUGUCCAGUGCCAAGCCCUCAGCGCCGGUCAUCCUGGAUGGGAAGAAGCUUUCUGAGGAUGAGGAGGAUGAAGAUGAGCAAUUUCUCGUGGAGGAGGCGGUCCCUCCGCCUUCAGAUGCUCCUGAGAUGGAGCUGGGGCCUGCACAAGAACUCGACAGUGAAGACAAACAUGGCGGCCUUGUGAAAAAGAUCCUAGAGACCAAGAAAGACUAUGAAUUGUCUCCAUCCUCCCCCAAAUCUAAAGAACAGAACGUGGUGUCUGAAGCAGCACGGAAGAAGGAGCGUGACAUGGUGACACGUGAGAUCGAGCGGCUCCGCUCCUCCAUCCAGACGGUGUGCCGCAGCACCCUGCCUUUGGGCAAGAUCAUGGACUACAUACAGGAGGACAUGGACGCAAUGCAGGCUGAACUGCAGACCUGGCGGCGGGAGAACAAAGAGCACGCACAGGCCUUGCUGCAGGAGCAGAGAGCGACAGACAGGGCAGUGGAGCCCCUUAAGUCAGAACUAGCUGAGCUGGAGCAGCUGAUCAGGGACCAGCAGGACAAGAUUUGUGCUGUAAGGUCCAACAUACUGAAGAAUGAAGAGAAGAUCCAGAAGAUGGUGUCUGGAAUCAACUUCUCCUCCAGAACCUGAAGUGAGAAACAAGGUCCACAAAGAAAAAAAGUUUCCUAAAAAUGCACUGAAGAUUUAGGGAUGAACAGUGUCUCGUUCAGAAUAAUGUUAAAGACCAUUUUUCUUGCAGAUGAUGAGGAUGGAAACAAACACUGCACUUUUAGAGUUUUGUCUGAGAAGGAGAUUGACCCAAACACAUCAGACCGUGAUGUGAUGUCAGAUGUUGGUAAAUAAUGCUCCAUGUGAUGGCUGGGAGGUCUGACUCCAUUUCAACGUCUGUGACUGACAGAUACAUUUAAUAAAUAUAUAUCUUCCUGCUCUGCACACUAACCUAAACCCAGUUUACUCCUUUUCUGUUAUGGUGCCUUUGUGGAAUGAGCCACUGCACAGUAAAUGACUAAUAAUAACUAAUAGUUGUAUCUAAUGCUGGGUGAGUUCAUCAAAAGCCCUAUAAACCCCAACAUGAGCAAUAAUUAACGUGAAGGUUUGCUCUACACUCAGCAACUCCUGGACCAAAUUUUGUUUGUUUUUUAAUUAACCUAGCAUAACAAACCGUUGUUAAGAGUGUGGCACAUUUAGUUUAGCUUUGUUUCAUUGGCCUACUUCAUAUUUUUCUUGGCUGUGAAGACUUUGGACUUAUACAGCUAUACAACUGAAUAUUCUCGCUUCACAUUCAACUGGUUUAAGUUCAAAUGGCAUUUCUAGGUCUUGCAUGGAGAAAUCUAGGACUUACGUGAAGAGUCCUGGUGGCCUAAUGGAUUGAAAUGUAUAUUACAUGACUGUGGUGUCCUUGUUAGACUUUGCCCGGGGACCUUUUACAUAUCAUACUGAUCUUUUAUUUUCCUUCUAAACUUUUUUGCUUCAAGCUUCCUCCACCAAGCAAAAAAAAGAUUGUUUUCAGCACCGCUGCACUUUGAUAAGACGUGUGGACGUGUACCUUCAAGCUGCUUAGAAAAAGCUUUUUGGAAGCAGUGUUACAAUACUUUUUUCUGUCUUAUAAAACAUACUAUAGGAACACUCAUUUAAUGUACUUUCAGGUGACAGUAAGCGUAUCUUCAUCCUCCCUGAGGGGAGCAAACAGGACAGCCGCCAUCGCGGACGUACUUCCACUUUAUUUGUACUGUAGGAUUUGCCAAACUGUUUCUUUUUUGGGACGGAGACAAUGUUUGGUCAGAUAGCAACCUUUUGUGAGAACCUUCAAUUCUUUCUAAAAACAAAUAACACUAUAAUAUUUUACUAGCUGCUUUUGUGACUUUAAGAAAUGUGCUUACCAACUAUAUGAAAAUAUGAAGCAUGAUCAAAAUAUGAUCAUUGUGAAGGAGAAUGGAUAGUAAGACGUGAGACUGAAAGAAACCACUGUCCCAGUUUUCUUUAAAAUUCCAAGAAUGCCAAUUGACUGUAGUCCCAUGUGUUAAUGAAAUACAAAUCAUAAAACAAAACAACAAACUAGUCAGCCAUGACCCCCUGCAUAGUGGCCUAUCUCCCUCUGAAUGAAAGUUAUGUCAUCAUUACUUGCACAAGUGCAGCUGUUACCUCUGUUAGUUCUACUGCAGAUAUAGACUGCCAGUGUUUACACAACAUGAUAACACUAUGAAUUCAUUCAUUUAAAUAAUGUUUUUUUAUAAUGCCCAGUUGUAUCAAAACAAGCUUUUCUAGAUGUGAAUGUGAUGAACACACAUACUGUAGCUAAACUGUCUCUUCUGCGCAAACCUCCAAAACAUCGGCCCAAACCCGGGUUUCCACUUCCACUGCCUCGUCAGACCAAUGAGUUACCAAAUGGAUAUGUGGCACAACAUCAGGAUACAGCUGGGAACUGUUAACCUAGUAGAACAGACAGCAGGUCGUUGCCAAUGGGAAGAAAUGUUCAUGGGCACCAACCGCUACAAGAAAGGAAAAGAAGGAAAACUACUCUGACAUCUUUUAAAAACGGCAUUGCUUCAGUGGGAAAUGUCACUAUUAAUGCUCUUCAUUCGACUGAUCGUAUUGAGUCUUUCACUAAGAGGAUUCAACAGUUCAAAUCUGUUUUCAUUUGUUUUAUUAUAUUUAGUCCAUCAAAUAUGCUGCAUUACGGAAGCCCUGAGAGGCAAACGAGAAGUCUGAUCUAAAUAGUUUUCUCUCUUGUUUUUAUGACUUAAAAACAGGUGAAAAAACGUUUGGCUAGGAUCAUCUUUUUGUCUGUGAAAACAUGAAAAAUAAAAACAUUUACUUGUCAAAAACUUUUGUUGUUGUAACACUAAUGCUUGGCCACAAGAGGCUGAAGUGCACGCCCACCCCAUGUUCUAAAUAGGAAUAAAAGCGACAGAUUGGAGCCAAUUAAAAUAUAUUUCUAGCCAAAAUAAAUGCACCACAGUAAUGUUACAUAACUUGCUUACACACAGUAUAUAUUCACCUUGUGUGUCUAGAGAAAUUAAAACUCACCUGGAAGGAAACAUGAAUGUUUUUAGCCCUAUUUAGAACAGGAGGGUUCUCCUUCACACACCUGUUUUAUAUAAUACAAAAAUGUGGAACUUGAGUUUUCUUUUGGGAAUUUAGGAAAGAAA